AUGUUCUUUUUUAAUUAUUGUUAUGGAAUAAACAACCAAUGUAGUUCAGCUACAAAUGUUGAUUUAACAAAUAGUGAACAAUUUAUGGUAACAGAAGAUACAACUCAUGCUACUGAUUCACUUUAUAAAGUAGGAAGAAAGAUGUAUAAAACUAAAGGGAAAUGGUAUCGUGUUCAUACAGCUGGACUAGGUAAUAAUAUAGAAGUAGAUACAUGUUUAUCUGGAAUAACAAAUUAUGAUUCAAAAAUUGCAGUUUUUGGACAAUGUGUUAAUGGUAUGGCAGGCCAAUUAUUAUCAACAAACGAUGAUAGUGUACAAGGAUGUGGAUCUGCUGCAAGACUCAUUUUUAAUGACAAACGUAAAACUAGUUUUUAUGUAUUUAUUACUGGUGCAACAGAGAAUGAUGUUGGUGUAUUUGGGCUUAGAAUUAUUAAAAAUCCAUCAUUCAGUAAUAAACAAUGUUCUCAUGCUGCUGAUAUUACUGAAUACCCUUCAUUCAGAGAAGGAACAACAACUGGAUUAGCACCAAAUUUCCAUGAAUUAUCUGGAUUAUUUUAUGUUCUUAAAGGAACAGGAGAUAAAAUUCAUAUUGGAACAUGCCACCGAGCUACUACGGCUGAUACUGUUAUAAAUGUAUUUGAUAAUUGUGACUCAAUGAAUCCAAUUCCUACAAAAAUGACUGCAUGUGAAGAUGGUAAUAUGGGAUCUAAAAUUCAUAUUGACACUGUACCAGGUAAAAUCUAUUAUAUUCAUGUAGCUUCUUCACCAAAUAAGAGGGGAAUGUUUAUAGUAACAUUUGAUAUUGAAAGUUCAUUUGGACCACAAACAUGUGACAAAGCAUUUGCUAUUACCACUUUACCAUUUGCACAUACUACCAAAUUAACAGGAACAACUCAAAGUAUGUCAUGUGGAAGUUCAGUAGAAAAAGUUGGUUCAUGGUAUUCUAUUGUAGGAGAUGGAUAUGAUUAUUUAAUGUAUACAUGUAAUAGUAUGAAUGGACCACAAGAUGGAACAAUGAUAGAAAUAUUUGAAAGUUGUACAUCUAAUAGUAAAUGUGAAAUGAAUAAUAAUGGAUGUGGAUUACAUGGUAAAAUUAGUAAAAAAUUAGAAUUAGGAAAGAAUUAUUUCAUUAAAGUAAGUUGUUCUAACCCACAUAAUCAAUGUAGAGUUACAUUAAAUGUUGAUAAAAUUAAUCCACAAGGAACAGUCAAUAGUUGUAUUUUUUCUAAACUCGUUAGUAUUACAAGUAAAGAUGAUUCAUUUACUGAUGCAUUUGAUUUACAUACUUCAAGAACAUCACAAACUCAUUGUGGUGGUGAUUCUCAAAAGAAAGGUAUUUGGUAUAAAGUUGUAAAUGACUAUAAAUAUGCUUUUCCUUUAUUUAUUCAAGCAAAUGUACUUUUAGCAUCUUCUACUAAACACACAGCUGAGAUUCAAAUGUAUAGAACAUGCUCUUUAGAAUGUGAAGAAAGACAAUAUUCAGUUCAUCAUGUUUUACUUAAACCUAAAGAGACUAUAAUGUUCUUUGUUACAACAACAGAAGAAGAAGGUCAAGUAUCAGUAUUUAUGAGAAGAGAUUAUCAUAUUAAUCAUGACACUUGUAAAACAGCUUUAGAAUUUAAUGCUCCAUUUACCUUAGUUGAAUAUAAACCAAAUACUGGAAAAACUACUACACCAAUAUGUGCUAAAGAUGUUGUUGGAAGACACACAGGUAUUUAUUAUUAUUUCCAAAGUCCUGUAACAGAUACAAUGAUUGUAGAAACUUGUGGUCUUGAAACUCAAUUUGACACGUAUGUCGAAGUGUUCCAAGGAUGUGGUAAUGAUGCUAGCUGUGUAUUAUCUAAUGAUGAUUCUCCAGAAUGUGGUAGUUCUGCUUCAUAUGUAAAAUUUGAAGCACAACAAGGAGCAGAAUAUUAUAUUUAUGUUUCUGAGUCUAGUAAGGCAGUAGAUACAGAAGGUACAUUUAGACUUAAUGUUUAUACACUCAAUCCACCAUCUCAUUCAACUUGUCAAAAAGCAGAAUUAUUAACUCCUGGAUUAACCCAAUACGCACUUACUAAAUAUGCUUAUGAGUCUGUUAGUAAUUGUAAACCAAAUGUAAAACAUGAUAUGCAAUCCUUGUUAUAUGGAGUUAUUGGAAAUAAACAAAAAUCCUCUAAUCAUUUAAGAGGAGUUUGGUAUACUUACUCUGCAUCAGUUAAAGGAAAGUUACAUAUUAAUACUUGUAAUGCUGCUACUUCAGUAAGAACAAGAAUGGGUGUUUAUAAAAGUUGUAGUGCUGUUAAUGGUAUUAAUAUUCCUGACCAAUGCAUAGUAGAACAUACAGUCUCUUAUCAGUCAUGUUCAACAAGAGGAACUUAUGUUAGUGUUGACUUAAAUCCAGGUGAAACUGUUUACAUUUUUGUUGGUGGUGAAACUGAAAAAGAUGUUGGAUUUGUUGCUGUGGAUUCAGAAUUCCAAACAGAAGCACCUAACUAUGUUCCAAUUACAUAUACUCCAAGGGUUGGACCAAAAAGAUUAAAAGAAAGAAGAACAUUAUGGUAUGUAUGGGCUCUUUGGUGGUUUAUUUAUGCAGUUGUUUGUGUUGCUACUUUUACAGUAUUAAAACUUUUUAUUAAGACGGAUGAUUUAUUGAGAUAUCAUGAACUUUAA